AACCACAAAAUGCUCAAUUUCGGUGUGGGUUCAAGGUAAAAGGGAGUCGGAACUGGUGUACUCGAGUACUAGUACAAUAUGCUUCGAUACCCGUACAACCCGAAUAGAAAGAACAAUUACCUCCCUGCCCCUGCAGUAACAGGACUAUGACCGUAUUGCUCCAAGGGGAGGCAUACUCGAGUAGAGUCGCCUUCAUGUUAGUUAACUAGCCGAGAUACCGGGUAGUGCACCAAUGACUUAGGUCGCCGCCGCCUCCAACCGUGGUUUGAGAGAACCAAUUCGUCUUAUGGAUAGAAACUAAGAAAGCUAGUGUAAUUAAGUCCUAAAAAAGACAAAGCGUGUUUUUAGAGGAGUCGGGAUGAGCAAGAACAAGUGAUUUUAGCGAAGAUGCCCUUCUCGCAUUGUCAUUGCACAGAAGUUCACGGGAAUAGAAACUUUAGACCAUCCGAAGAUUAUUGCCGUUUUCACCGAUCGGAUGAGACCCCUGAGGCCACAAGUAGUAUUCGCCCAAUCGCAGUACAAGAUCCAUCUUCUAACAUGCAGCCAUCUGCCAUCCGUGCAUCCUGCGCUUCCCCCUCCUAACCCAUUCGAUAUCCCAGUCAGUACUCGAGUACAGUUUCUCUCCUGACCCCCAAUUCUUCAGUUCACGUCAGCCAUUUUCACAACUUCCUCCACCGAACAAUUACUUUUCGUCAUGCCGCCGUCCCAGGACCUAGAUAACAAUAUACUGGUACUCGUACAGCACGAUACUCGAAUACCAGCACAGGUAGGACCCAUACUAGCACAACAGCACCCCACGCAGGCAUUUACCUGUACUCGAGUAAGGGUCCAAGGCGCCUAGCGCCCAAAAUCGAGGGCCAUGUCCCUCGCGUUUGAGUGGCCCAUGCCCAUCGCCACCCCCCUAGAAUGUACCCCCAUCGGUAAAGAAUCAUACAGAUAGGAAAGCACCCGAAUCUUUUCACUGAUACCGGGUGAUGGAUGGUUGACAGGGACUGUUUCCGCUCCCGACGCGGUAGGAGGGGAUAGAAAGAAGAAAAAACUCAUGCCAAAGAAUACCCACAGGCUAUCAAAAAGGGAAGUGGAAGCUAUUGGUCGUCGCUGCCGCCGGACUAUCACAAUUAAAACUCGAGAGUGGCCUGGUGAGAUUUUGUGAGGGCGGGCUAGGAUUGGAUGCAUGCACGUGCGAGUGUAGAUGGAAGGCGGCCGCUACUGCGCAACACGGCGGGGAGCAAGGGUUGCUUUACUCGUACAACACCGCAACGAGAAAAGAGAUCUUUUUUAUCCUUCUUCUCAGGCCCCAACUUUGCCUUUCUCUCUUUCUGGAUUCUCACCACUCACUCGCUCGCUCGGCCACUCGCUCUCCUGUGGUAGUAGGGUAGAUACGGCGGAUAUGCCUGGCCUUGCCCCCCAUUCCUUUCUUCCCUACCGGUAAUCCUUUUUAUCCCCAACAUUUCACGCAAAGUCUGAUACGGUACCACCUGUAACCUGCGCGCUCCCUCUUUUUUCAUUUUUCCUUUCUUUUUUUCCUUUUUCUGGAUGCCCGCAUUGCCUUGCGCUGUACUCCAGAUCAAUCUUGCUUUAGCGACAGGAUAUCGAUAUCAUCUCCCUUUUUUUUUUUUUCAUUCGCCCUCUCACCCUUGCUCCCCACGAGUGGGAUUUUUUUUUUUCCUUUUACCCCCGCUACUAGUCCGGCCCGGACAAUUCCUUUCCUUUUUAACAGGACUUCCGACCGGGCCCCCUGGCAGUCUUGUCAAAUUCACCCCGGCCCGUUCCAAUCGUAGAGUAGCUCAUAGCCCCCCAGCGCUUAAAGGGCAAAGUUGACGGGGUUGGAUGAAAAAUGCGAAGGAGGGUUAUUUCGGUGAAUGCGGUGAUGUCGUUGGGCUGACUCGCAGGGUUCGAGCCCAAUAUUAUACGGUACUCGAGUACGCGUAUCAUACGUACCGUAAUCCUCUUCUGUGGCCUGCUUUCGCGAUUUUGGUUCCUUGCUUUCUUAGUGCAUAGGGAGGUAGGUACUCCCGAGUGACAAGGGGAUAUCCUCGAGAUGAGGGAACUCAGGCACCGAAUCCAGAAUUCUCCCAGCCAUAAUGCCACUUCCAGGUACCAAAUCUCUGCCCACAUACCGGCAUCCCACCAUACCUGCACAUGACAUGAUAAAUCCUUCUACCGUAAUACGGUAAAUAACGGGCUAUAGCAAUGUCGCUCAGGAGUUGUAAGGGAAUCCUGCUUCCUGCCUCCUGCUUCUCGCCUGCCUGCCUGGCUUCCCGCCAUAACACGGUCGCCAGCGGACGCAUUACUUGCUCGGCGGUCGACCUAGCGGUUGUGCAGUUACCCGUACAGCACCCCAGUCCAAUUCGGAUACGGCAGUACUCGAGUACUCGAGCACAGUACUCGUACAGUACCAGCUUCUGAAGCCACACUCGUGACACCGGGUGUGCUCCUCAAUCUAAGCUUCUAUCGAGCCAGUACCGGGUAUACUCGUAGUGAUAACACCCGUACCGUGCGUACCAUACAUACCGGUACAAGUAUGCGAGUACGUACUUGCACCGUAUCGCAUACAUGUCUCGAAAAUGUUUCACCGCCAUGGCUCGGUUUGUUUUCUUGGCCCCCAUUUUCUGUAUUCCACCGAAUUUCCGUGCAAAAAGAACCCCUCGAAGAAUCAGUACUCCCACGUUUUUCAUCGCCGGAUAGUGGAGAGAGCCCUUCCAUAACUCGCUCUCGCGCAGCACGGUAUCAUGAACCCCAACGCCCACUCCUUCGCCAAAACCGAGAAACCGUGCGAUCAAUAUAGGAGAGCUGGGUAUUUCUAGGAUUUUUUUCUUUUUUCUUUCUCUUUUCCUACCGUCGGGAGACGUGGUGUCGUAACUGGACACGGUUUUGAACGGGCGGUGCGGAAUUUGGUUGCGGGUGCCCCUGAGGUCACUUGAUCCCACCAAGACCAACUCUGUACGAAUCUUCGUCGAAUAGGGAAGACUGC